CCUGAAUCUAACAGCACGCGACCGCGACCCGAACCUACAACGAUGUCCUUCCCCUCCUCUCACGGUCCCCGACUUCCCCUCGAACUGCUGCUAUACCACAUUGUCGACAUCCUCUCGCUCCCUCCUCAUCCUCUCUCCUACCUUCUCCCAAAGGACCAACAACAUGCGCUCAUCACCUUGUCUCUCACCUGUCACCGGCUUCACACCUACUGCAUGCCCUUACUCUACUCCCGAAUAUGCAUCGAGUCCGCCCAACGACUCCGGAGACUCCGACGGGCUCGACCCGCCGACCUGGGGAAGAUCACCGCCCUCUUCCUAGACUUCGAGCACCUGGAGGACGAAGUUCUCCUCCCCAUCCCAGCGCAAGACGCGGACAUCGUCGGCAAUUCCUAUCGCACAUUCGCUGGGUUCUCAUCUCGCGCUGCAUUGUACUACGAAGUAUCUGAACAACUGUCGUUUCUCAUCAGCGCCUGCCGCCCUUCGCUCCAGAGACUGGCAUUCGGUUCCCGUGGCAGGCCCCACCCGCCAUGGGUAAGCAUGGACCCGAUGGAAGAGCGCGCAGUGGAACACUUUGCCUCCCAAGCGAACUACGCGAUCGCUUCCACCCUCCCUGGGCUGCGGGAACUCAUCUGCGUCAGGCAGAAUAUGGAGAUUGGGGACUAUCUCGGGUUGGGGAGGAGCGGAGGGCAGCGAAGAUGGGAAAAGCUGGAGAGACUGGCAGUGUACGGUACCCUCAGCUACAACGCACACGAUGCCCCGCCGAUCCUGCCUGCGCUGGAAUGCUUUUGCGCCUUGCACCCGUUUCCCUCACUCGCACUUCUCUCGCAGGCAGUGACGACAAGCCCGAACCUGCGCGAACUGAGUCUGUUCAACGUCGCCAUCCCUGUUUCGGAGCAGACGCCGAGCGUGCGGAGCGCAUAUACGGACCUGGAUCGGAUUUUAGAAGCACUGGGAACUGUAGGGCCUGCCAAGGCGACGCAAUUGCCUGUAGUGAGCAACGCUGGCGCAGCAGGAACGCGCACCCUACGCUCCGAAGCAGACCACGAAGCGGACACGUUCACCCCUCCUGCUCCUUCACCUUCCGCCAGCACUGACGAGAAACCAGAAACACCCCACAGGAAACAACCGGUGCACGUGACUCGACUCUCCCUUCCCCCGGUGUAUGACCCCCACCGGCCGGAGGACAGGAGGGAGCGGACGAGCUUGGCGGCGCGCUUGGGGAGGGAGGGGCUGCUUUGGAGCUGGAGGGGAGAGGAGUCGGGCGCGGGGUUUGAGGGUGUGGGUGUGGGUGUGGGUUCGGAAGCGAGGGUUAUGUGAAUGGAUCUAUAUUGUGGUAUUUUAUUGUUUAUUGUUGUUUGCUGUUGUUAUUUCUUCGAGGUUCGUUUGGUUUCGAUAGAUCAGUAGUAUUACGGUUCUGACUGCUGCGGAGAUCUUUACAGUCGCGUGAAUAGAUCUAUAGCCGGUCGUGUAUUUGCUUAUUAAGCUAAUCAUUG